GUAGCCAGAGAUGGUGGCUUCAUAGGCAGAGAAUAAUACUGUUGCUUGGUGUCACUUGGUUAUUCUUUAAGUAGGUUGUUUUGGUGUUUAAAUGUUAUAUCUAAAAUACUCGUUAGAACUACAAUCGCUGGAUUGAUACAUGCUCAUUUAUCUGUGUGUACGGACUGCGCAGUGUAGCGGAAUCUUUACUGGGGACGUGAAGACUGGAUAAAGAGCAGGAUUUCUGGGAGAUGUUGAGAGCCAACAACCCGGAGACAAAGAACUGACUUUCGAAGUUUAGGGAAAACCGCUGGCCUAGAUAUAAAGGCCUGAUUUGGAAAACGCUUUCAAGCCGCUGUAGCACUUACUGUGAAAGAGAGAGUACAGGCGGUAUAUGCACAGACAGCCAAAAACUGAGAGAUUUAAGAAGACAAACGUGUCAGGCAUUUUGUUUACAGUACAGUUAUGGGGUUGUUAUUUGCAAAACUCUGGAGUUUCUUUUGUAAUCAAGAACAUAAAGUGAUCAUCGUUGGACUGGAUAAUGCCGGGAAGACAACAAUCCUUUAUCAGUUUUUGAUGAAUGAAGUUGUUCACACAUCGCCUACUAUAGGGAGCAAUGUAGAAGAAAUAGUGGUAAAAAAUACCCAUUUCCUUAUGUGGGAUAUUGGUGGACAGGAGUCGCUCCGAUCUUCAUGGAAUACCUAUUACUCCAACACAGAGUUUAUCAUUUUAGUUGUGGACAGCACAGACAGAGAGAGGCUAUCGAUCACAAAGGAAGAACUGUACAGAAUGCUGGCUCACGAGGACUUGCGGAAGGCAGCAGUUUUAAUUUUUGCAAAUAAACAGGAUAUGAAGGGGUGCAUAUCGGCUGCUGAGAUUUCAAAUUACCUCACCCUUAGCUCUAUCAAGGAUCAUCCAUGGCACAUUCAGUCAUGCUGUGCACUUACAGGAGAAGGUUUAUGCCAAGGCCUGGAGUGGAUGACCUGCAGAGUUGGUGUGAGAUAACUGCUUGAACAACAAAGACUCUUCCUAUUUAUUCUUCAUACAGUAUAUGAACAUUGUUUUCUGUUACCUGUGGCUGAAGGAUUGGCUGCUUUUAAUUUAUCACAACACAAACCUCUCCAUACAACACUUGAAUCAAGUGAUGUCGACUUUGGAAGCUCUGUAGACCUUCACAAGCUACGUUUACAAACUACCUUUGCUGUGCUGGAUGCACAUUGUAGCGCGUCUGUUUUUCACACAAGGCUUAAUACAUGUAAGAUUUUAUUAUUAUUGUUAUACAUUUCUUUACUAUUUUAGUUAUGCAACAUGCAUUAGGUGGACAGUUUCAUUCUCAAGUCAGCUGGCCACAUUGCAGUACUGGGGGUUGCAUUCAGAACUGUCAGUGAGGUGCUUUUUUAUUUGUAUAUAAACAGUUCAAUUGACUGAUGAGAGAAAUGCUGCCUAUGUUAAAGGUUAGUGCUUUAUAACUCUAGCAUUAAAGACCACUUGCAGUGACACUUGGUGUUUUUCUCUGGCAGAAACGCAGUGCCCCCUGGUGUAUUGUAAGCAUGCCUCUACCUUAGGUGACACGCUUUGAGCUUCACAAACUGUCACCUGACUGUUACAAUAGUGUUGUUAUAAUUUCACGGGUGAUGCCUAUUGGACAGUUAGUGAAAGCUGCAUUUCCAUACAGCACUGCCUGAAAGGCACUGGUCUAUCGCUAGUUAACCCAGGCACGUUACAUUUCUAGUGGGGGUGGUUUUGGUUACUGGGAUAAUUUCUCCAUAUUUGUUUUAACCAGGAUAUCAGAAGGAAUAUUCCUAGCUAUAAAUGCUACGGAGCUUGUUGCACACAGUUCAUUCAUUGGUACUGGCAAGGUGGAAUAAUAGAGGACAUAAAUUAAAUGACUAGACUACAUGGGAGGACAUCAUUAUUGUGAAGAGGAUUACUCUUCCCCUUCACCAGUUAUUACAUUUGGCUACAUGGCACUUUUGUGCCCAUAUAUGCCAAGUCUUUCUUUUCACAACAGCUGAAUGAACGACUGACGCUGGUACUUUUAGGUCAAAUAGCAUUAUGGUAUUUUUCAUUUAUGCAAAUAUUGUGAUAUUAUUAUUAUUAUUUUUUUUUUUUUUUUGGGGGGGGGGUUCUAAUGCAUGAAUUAUUGCUGUAUGUGGAUGUUACUACACAAAUAAGCUUAUUAAUUUUAACUUCAAACCAACAACUACUAUCUGUUUAUCAAGGACAGUGUGUUAUGAAAGAUUAAUUACUUCCCUUUUUACAUGCAACAAACUGGAAGGUAAUAAGUGAUGUGGGGUCCUAGUGUUUUAAAAUUCUAAAAACAAAAAAUAUAUGAUUUUCAGAUAUUUUAUAGUGGUGUUUUGUGAAAUCAAAUUUUGUUCUGUUCAAUGUUUUUUUUUUUUUUUUUUUUUUAAUCUCUUAAAUUCCAAAAACAAAGAUAUUUAGUUAAAAUAAAUAGUUCUCUACAGAAUAAACACAUUUCUGUUUAUAAUUGGUUGGAAGUAGCAGGAUUUUUCUUAUGCUACCAUUUCAAAUCUCUGGCAGAACUCUUACUGUCAGCUAUUUGUGAAAUAUUGUGUUCUUUACCGUUUAAUAACAACCAAACCAUAAAAUCUUCUAAAUAGCCUUAUCAACCUGCUUCAUUGCUUACUCUCUUUCAGCUCUUUAAUUGUACGGGAUAAAACUUUUAAGAAACAAAGUAAAAAAGACAAGCUUUUUGUAGUGAUUUGCCGCCUUCAGCAGAUUAUACCAAUGAUUUUAUGCUUUUUGUACAUUCUGAAUUGUAUUAAUACCUGUGUCCUAAGAACACAACCUCCUGAUUUAAGUGUUAUUGCGUGAAAUACAUUGUAGAAUUAAAACGUGUUGAGUUCUGGUUUGUUAUUCAGAAAGUGUGGAACUUGGUGAAUUUAAGGUUGAAAAUCAGUUAUUUUUUAGAUAUGUUUUUAAAAUGUAAUCGUGGUUUAUAUUACAAAUAUUUCCAGGUAGAAUUUUCCAACACACUGAGGAACACCAAGAGUCUGUUUUAGUUCCAGUGUAUUUAUUUAUUAUUAUAAUUUAUCCAGUGAUGUUAUGGGGAUUGGAAUAGUGCAUAUUGCGGUUUGUCUUGGAUUAAAACAUGUUUAGCCAAUCACUGUGCAGCGUUGGCCAGAACACACAAUUUGGUGGCUUUACUGACCAGUCAGCAUUUGGAUACUAUGAGAUGUGCUGAGUCAACACUGUGCCCCCUGUUACCACUGACAUUACCUAAUGUAUAUGGUAUAGCCAUUACCUAACCAUUUCAUGUGUGCUUCUGAAUCGGGUUGCGCAACGGCACCCAGCACGGUUUAAAUAGUAACGCAAUACUGAGUAUUAUUUACAAUAAAUGCAUUACUGAUGACCGUGUGGAUUUAUUGAUAAUUUCUCAUUUUUAAUUUCUGUUUUAUAGUCCUCUGGUAAUAACCUUGACAGGUGCUGAAUUUUCUGAUACUGUAGGUAGUUAAUUAAACUCAUUAGAUAAGUUUAAAAGAACCUCUUCUGAUAUAAAUGCACCCUAAAAAGUGAACAGGCUGAUGUGUAGAGGGUUUACUCUGGCUAAUCUCUUAACCAUCAGCAAACUCAGCAUCUAUGGUAAGGUAUUGCUAGAGUAAUGUGCUAUAUAUUCACCAAUGUUUUUUAUAAGGUCAAAUAAACCAAACAUGAAAACAGUAGGUAAUGAGUUUAUUAUAUACAAUUAACUGUUCUGUUGUUUAUUUGAAAUUGAGAAUAUAUCUCCUAUAAGGAAAAUAAUCAGAUAAACAGAAACUUGGAAAAAUGUUUCAGUGCAUUCCAGAAUCAUUGUGUAUAGCUUUUAAAUGAUUAUGGAAUAUAGUUCAGCAUUGCUAUUAUAUUGUGUAACGCUUUAGAUAGACCUAACAUUACCAUAUCGGACAAUAACUUUACAUAGUUAUUUAUCCAAUUUUGAAAGCAAUGUUAGCUCUCAAAACAAGAAAUUCUGAAUUAAAUACAUUCACCAUCUUGCAUUAGUGUCAAGAUCAUACCAUUAACUACAUAACAAUUUGUUAAAAAAAUACUAUUUCAGAAAAGAUGUGAAACUGCAGUUGUCUUAAAAGGAUUAGUUGGCAAAUUUCAAGUCUGUGUUUUACUUUUUCGAGGGAAAUGUUUUUGAAACGGCUUCAGAUUCUUAAAAGCGGUUUGCUUGAUUUUAAUAUUAUUAUUGUUAUUAUUAUUGUUUUAUGAAGGCUAUUCCAGUUCUUCUCUACAGUAUUUCUAACCAUGCCUGGGAAGUUCCCAACCUGAGCAUUCAAUGGCGAGGCUACACUAUAUGCACAAAGGUAACCUCUGCUGUUUGGCAUAAUGAGUGUCAAGCAUGCAGUAUUUCUCUCUCAUAUUCUUCAAACACCCUAGUCUCCCACUUUCCAUCUAAACUGGUGACCAGCUAGAAAUAAGACAAACCAAAUGGAUACAUUGCCAGGUAUGAUUUAUAAAGUACAAGCAUUAACUUGCAUAGAGGAUGAAUACAUGCAGUGUAUGUUACUAAACUGUCAGGACCUGUCAGUUGUAUCAGAAGCAGCAAUAAAGCUUGUUUUCAGAAAUAUUUAUAAAUCAAAGACAAGAACAGUAGCAUGUAUACCUCCCUGUUCUAAAGUAAAAAGAAAGGUUAAGUAUUGCAUUCAUUUGCAGUAUGUAAACAAAGAUACGUGCAGGUUGACAAGGAAUCAAAAAGGCACAUAACAUGUAAAGUACUUUUGUACUAGAAAUGUUCCAUUUGGUGCAGCUUCUGUUUUUACAUUGCUGUUUUCAGUUUAACCAUUGUGCAUUCCCAAAAGCUCAUGUGUGGCUUUUUAUGAUAUGAUUAUUUAUUUUAUAAUAAAAUGAGUAUCAUUUUU